AUGGACGUCGAAGAUAUGUUGGCAAGUUCGCAGGAUCUGCCGCCCCGAGGCAGCAGCGCCCGCGACAACAGCGACUCGGAGCCCGACUUUCACGACUCGGAGCUGUUGAACCGCGGUUCCUUGUCGCAGGGGUCGGCGAAGAAGCGCAAGCAUCUCUCCCCGCUGAACGGGACCAGCAACAAGAAGCGCAAGAGUGUUUCCUCUCCCGACAAGAAGCGCAAAAAGAAGCGCAAAUCGCGUGAUGCUGCGCUUGACAGCAUCGCCGACGAGGAGGAUCAACGAGACAUUCCCGACUCGUCCCCCGUGUUGCGAUCGGAUCGGCGCGACUCAUUGGCUGAGGCUGAGGCUGAUAGCCGCACCAAUGCCGGCGCCAGGGAUAUUGAGAGCGAUUCCGAAUUUGUUGCCCGAGAAGCCUCUCAAGAAUACGCCGCGAACCAGUCUACGCAUAACGAAAUGGACGAAGCACGGACAGAAUCGCGGGCAGAGUCACCGACAGAAGCGCCAGCAGAGUUGCCGACAGAGGCACCGACAGAGGCACAAACGCAGACAUCAACUGACGGAGCUACGUCAAGACCACGACGCGCCCCGUCCACACGCAAGAAAUCCAAGCCGACCUAUUUUGAGGCGCCUUUACCAGCGCUACCACCGGAAGCUUUCGAAAACCUGAAUGCGCCACCUCGGCGCGCGAAGAAGGCGAAGAAGGGCUUCAGGCGAAAACAGAAAGCUGACCGGCUGCAAGACCACAGCGAUGAGGCUGAUCACAGUCAUGAGCCCGAUCGACGGACCUACACGACGGGCCAAUUCACCACAUUCGAAUUACAACGCAUUGCCGAUGCGAUUGAGGGCUUCAGAGUGGAACAUGAUCUGGAACAACGCGAAGUAAACGAGAUGAUCCAAGCCCGUGGUGGAACCACUGCUGGAGAACUGCAUGCUAAGCUCUGGAGUCGCAUUUUUGACGAAUGCCCGGAUCGCCACCGACAAAAAGUCAUCAACACGGCGCGCAAAAAGUUUCACAAUUAUGUUGCGCGAGGCACCUGGACUGACGAACAACACAAAGAGCUGUCCGAGCUCGUUGACAAAAUUGGCCACAAGUGGUCCGAGAUUGGCGCACUCAUCAAUCGUCACGCCGAGGAUGUUCGCGACCGUUUUCGAAACUACGUUGUAUGUGGUGAAAAACAGAAGAAGGCGGGCUGGGAUAGCGAUGAGGAAGCGGGUCUCACAAAGUUUGUUAACAUGGCCUUGGAGGAGGUUGCGAGAAUGCGCAGAGAGGAUCCCGACAAGUUGGAUCCGAACAGAACGGAUGAGGAUCAUGUCGACUGGCAGGGUAUCAGCGAGAACAUGAAACGUACGAGAAGCCGCCUGCAGUGCAUGACCAAGUGGAAGUCAAUGAAAUCACGAGGCGAAAGCAAGGUCAAGCCCGCCUCGUCUGAAUCCGAGUCGACCAUUUCUCUAAGACUGGACAAGGCUCGCCGUCAACUUGAAGAGAUGCCUGAUACCGAAAAGUAUCGCCUGGUGCUUGCAAUCAAGUCCACACAAGCCUCUAUUACCGCCAAGAUUCCGUGGCAGAAGCUGUGCGACAAACAAUUCCGCAGCUCCUGGCAGCGAGCUACGCAAGAGCUCGUGUGGAGUCGCCUGCUCAAGUCUGUCCCUGGCUCCGCCAUAAAACAAGUACAGGAGUGUGCCCAAUACCUGGUGGACGAAUACGACCAAAAUGGAGAACUCCCAAACAUUGGGGGAGAAGGCUGGGACGAUGAUGAGGAGAUGGUGCUGCUAGCUCAAGUCCCGGCCGGGAGGAGAGAGUCGCGAAAAAGCACCAGCUCCGAGAAGCUUACCCUGGAAGAUAUGCAGGACGACGACGUGGAUCCGGCAAAACCGAAUGAUGACGACGUCGAUGGGGUAGACAUGGAGGCCAACGCGCAGAUUGAGGCUGAGACCGAGAACCUCAUUGAUCCUGCCCUAGAUACGCUCGCCGAGGUACCGCAGUCUGCGCAGAAAGCCACUCCGGCGAAGAGAAGCCAGAAAGGCAAGCGACCUUCGGCCAGAAAACCAAGGAAGUCAAUGACGGCGCUCGAGGAGUCUGCUGAUAUUGCGGUCGGUGCUGAGGAGACUGAUUUGAAUUAG